GUUCUCAUUUGGGACGACGUGGAUCGGAAUAUGAUGACGAAUAUAAAGCAGAAGCCACACCACAGGCCCCCAUUUCAGCAAAUUGGGACUCUGUCGCAUUAUCCACAUCUAGCGAUUGAUAGUAUGCUUUGAAAGUCAACUAUUCCCCUCUCCGUUCAACACUCCUUCUCUUGCCAUCUAUAUCAUGACUCCGGCGCUCCCCUAUUCUACACAAAGCGAUCAAGGUCAACAACAAAGUACUCCGGAGGAAACGGACUGGAGCGAAUCGGAACUCAACGAACGACGAACAUCGUACAGACAUCACCAGCGCAACACAAAACCUCUCGACAACUUCGAAGAUACUGCCUCACGACUUGGAUGGGACGGAACUCACCCCGAUCCAGACAGCUAUAGCAGUUAUCAAGAAGCGAGAUUCACCACCGGCCAAGCAGUCCCUUAUCGGCGAGGUUACCUAGAAGAUUUCGCAGAUCCUUUGCAGAGGAGAGGUCACCCAAAAAGAAAUCCACUGCCUCAGCAUUCCGGUCCCAACGACCCUCAAAGAUUCGAUCAACAUCCUAAAAUUCCAACAAUGAACUACCACGGAGUCCCCCAUUAUCCCGGCACAUAUCCAAUGUAUGCGCCUCCAAUGCGGUUCCAUCCUCCAGUACCUCACCAUGGCGGUUGGAGAAAUUCGAUGGGAGGGCCCCGUGCUAUGAGACCACCUCCUCCACCGAUUGAUCCUUAUGGUCCUUACUAUGUACCACAUCCAGAACCAAUUCAUCCUCAUCCGUACGAUGCUUUACCUCACAUUCAUGCUCUUACCGGCCCCCGCAAGCAACCUUUUUUCCCGAUCCGCCGCAAAGAUCAUCGGACCCAGUACGCCGCACCGCAAGAGUCGUUCGAGGGUUACUACGCAGAUACAACUGCCCUUGAGCCCAAGAAACAACCUAAGCCAAGACAAAAUAAAGCCCUCAAACAGACGACCGAACCUACUUGCGAUCAAGAAUGCUGGAAUGCGGUGGAAGAUUUAUACAAAAGACUGGAUGACCGGGAUGUCAAGGAGAAAGCUCGGAGGGAAAAGGAGAAACAAAGAGCGGCGGCGACAGCACUAAAAGCCUCCUUGGCCAGGCAGGUGCAGAGGACCAUGCGAAAGGAGCUCGACAGAGCCAACGCUCAGUUAAGAGACAUUGACCUACGCUCGGAAUCUAGCAGACGAAUCCUCCGCUCCGAUAUUGGCUCUAGGGUGUUUGCAACGCCUGUUCCAUCGGUCCAUGAUGACCGCGACUCUGAACCUCUUGUGCGAUCAACUGUCAUUGAAACUCUGAGAGAAUUGAAGAUACCAUCACAGUUAGACCUCGGAGGCUAUCAUACUCCCGAUAGACCAUCUCAUCGACGAGCGGUAUCAGAUGUUCACUUGUCAGGAGGCUAUAGACCACUCCCACGGCAUUGGAAUACUGCUCCAACUACAUCCAGCAACCUGUUCAUUUCAAACCAGCCAAGCUUUGGUCAACCUUCUCAGCAGGAGGUCGACCUACAACAAGGACGAGAUGAGGCCUUUUGGGCCGGGCGCCCACCUACCUCUAAGAAAGCUCGCCAGAGAAGGGAAAGAACUUUUGUACCGGAAAUCCAACGGGACAUGAAUGCGCCGCUUUGGGGGGGUCUAUCUCCCGGCGACAGCGGCUAUGGUUCGCCAGGGCCUUUGAGACCAGAACGACCACGCAGUGGGUUUAGGACUCGAAAGGUUUCAUUUGAGGAUAACGGAGGCACGUCUCGUCCUAGGCGUGAGGAUCUGAGGGGUGACGAAGCAGGUAUUUGGCCAGAGGAUGAAUCUGAUGCGCCGGUUUAUCUUCAGAAACGACCGCAGAGGUACCCGACCACGGUGCCGCAUCCGCUUUUUGACAUUACAGUGGUGCAUCCGCCAGUACCACAGCCUGAAAGAUAUCUAGAAAAUAGAGGAUUAUGAUUGCGAUGUGGUAUGAUACUUGAGGGAGACGGACAAAGCAUACAAGUGCCGAUUGUAUCAUACCUAUCGUUGUUGAGCAAGUCUGAUUUUACUGUUUUAUUCUCUAUAGGCACCAAUAUCGUACCUAGCCUAUACUGUAUAAUACUGUAUCUAAUGCAAC